AGUUGCAGAGUAAUAGGUCACUGUGAUAGGAGAAUUGCAGUGAUGUUUUUAAUUUUACUUUCAUGUUUCGUUUUGCAGGAUCUUAAGUGAUGAAGACAAGAGGAGGAUUAGUCCGUCGAAGUAAACGUCAACAAGGCUUGGAUGCUGUAACAGUCAUGCAGCGGCCAAAAGCCACCAAAACAAAGAAGAAAAGAAUAGGAGAAGUGAUGACUGAUGUUGUUAACCUUGAGGAAGCUGAAGAAGCUGUUGGUGAUCUUGUUCAAGAUGUUCAGAAGUUUGGUGAUAUAGCUGCUGAGGAAGUUGUUGGUGGUCCUGUUCAAGAAGUUCAGAAAUUUGGUGAUGUAGCUGCUGAGGAAGCUAAUGGUGAUCCUGAUCAAACUGUUUCUGAGAAAGAAGUUGCUAACACUAGUCAACAACCAGCUGAGCAAGUAGAUGCUCAAGAUGAUGAUGAGACUGUUGAACCUAUGGCAGUUGAAACUGACAAUAUGAAUCAAGAUUCUCAACCUGUUGCAUCUGAACCUAAUGCUAGGGAAGAUGACUCUCAUCGUACUGAUGCUGGAACUGAGAUGCGUAGCACUUCAGGACUAGGAACACCGCAGUCAGCUCCCACUAUAAAGAAGAGAAGAGGGCCGACCAAGAUGCGUAAAGUGGCUAAGGAUCCUCAGGACAGGGUUGAAGUGUCAUUCACUGAGCUUGGUGAACAUGUAGGUCCUGGUUCAGUGACACUAUCAUCAUUUGUUGGUGCUAUUGUGCGUGAACAUGUUCCGGUAACACUUGAUGAUUGGAGAAAACUGGAUAGUCAGACAAAGGAUACACUUUGGGAGGAAAUACAGGUUUAUGAACAUUAGUGUAUAACAAUAUUUACAAUUUCUGAUAUUCUUAUUAAACUAUCAAGUCUAAUUUAUGUUUAUUUUGCUACAGGGGAGGUUUAAUUUGCAAGAAGAGUGGCAGAAAGAAUCUGUUUUCAAGCAGAUGGGUUGUAUAUGGAGGUCUUCAAAGUCUAAGCUCCUAGGUCUAGUUAGAGAUGCAAAGAGUAGCACAGAGAGAAUGAAAUUGAAACCAAGCAAUAUCCCAUCUAUUCCAGUUUGGAACUCUUGGAUUAAGAGUAGGACUAGCACAACUUUUAAGGAAAAAAGUAACAAGUUCAGGGCAUUGAGGAGGGCUCAGAUUCCCCACACUACCAGCCGCAAGGGAAUGUUUUGCCUAGCUCAUGAAAUG